AUGUUUCAAAAGUAAUUGCUUAGAAUCAAUGAAUACAAUUGUAAAUUAGGAGCAAACUUUUCAUCAAUAAACGCAUCACAAAACUUCAAUGAUUCUGAUUUGAUUUCUAACUAUGGUUCUUGCAUGAAUUCUUAAAAUGAAAUCUCAUCAAUCAAAAUUUAAAUUAAAGAUCAAUGCGGAGGUUUGAAUGAGAUUCUUAGCAUAUUUAAGUCAUUUAAAAUUGAAAUAACCAGAGUAUAAUCUAAGCCUUACCUCAUUUGGCAAGAUAAAUAAAUAAUUAACUACUACCUUGAUUUUCAAAGGAUUCUUCAGGAGUAAAAGAUUAUGAAACUAAUAUAAAAGUUAGAAAUUAUUAGUUAGUCAGUGGAAUUGCUAAAAAUGCCAGAAGUUCCAUGGUUCCCUUAAUAAUUGAAUGAUUUGGAUCUUUAUGAGAAUUCAACCAUUUAAACAGAAAGUGAAACCUAAAAAUAGGAAUUGCUUUACUUUAAAGAUGAAAACUAUUAACAAAGAAGAAAAUCAAUAAGUUUGACUGCUUCAAAAUAUAAAAUUAAUGACAAAAGCCUUCCUAUUAUUGAGUAUACAAAUAAUGAUGAUUAUGUUUGGAAUUAUUGCUUUACUAGACUAGAAAAACUUUAUAAGAAGUUUGCUUGUGAAGAAUAUAAUUGGGCGUUCGAUCAAUUCAAGAAAAAUUUUUCUAAUUUUGAUAAAAAGGUUCCAUAGCUAAAUGAUGUCUCAAUUUAUUUAUAAUCCUAAACAGGUUGGAGACUCAAGCCAGUUGCAGGAAUGCUGAGCAAAAGAGAAUUUUUGAAUGGAUUAGCAUUUAGAGUAUUUCACAGUGUUCAAUUCAUCAGGCAUCAUAGUGUACCACUAUUUGCAUUUGAACCGGAUAUUAUUCAUGAUCUACUUGGCCAUGCCCCAAUGUUUGCAAUUUAAGAUUUUGCCGAUUUUUCCUAAUAAAUAGGCAUGGCCUCUCUUGGUGUUAGCGAUGAAGAACUUGAAAAAUUAGCUGCAAUAUAUAUGUAUACUAUAGAGUUCGGUAUGUGCCGAGAAAAUGGAUAACUAAAAGCUUAUGGAGCUGGAUUAAUGGGAAGUGUAAAUGAAUUAGAGUACUGUGUGAGCGAUAAACCUAAGCAUUUACCAUUUGAUCCUUUUGUUAUUUGCUAAGAUCACAUGGGUUAUCCAUUGAAUGCAUUACAACCUGUAUAUUUUGUUGCAGAUUCAUUCUCCAAAGUGGUGAAAUAAAUUUCAAGCUACUGUGAUUAGAUCAAUCGCCCUUUCAAUGCUACUUACAUAGCGAGAGAGUAAAGAAUAUUUCUUGAUAAAUAAGUUAAAAUGAUAUAAGCAAUAAACAAAGUACCAUAAUUUUUAUGA